ACAGGGUUAGUAAUGCCGCGUUCAAAACAACUGGGAAUUGGAAAAAUACGUGGUCAAAUCAUGACUUCUGUGAUCUUCAGGUCGGAACACUAGAAAGAGGCCAGAGUUCCGGAGUUGGAAUUCCGAAUUGGAUGACUGUUUACGUUUAUUUUCCACAGUCGGAGAUCGUUUUUCCAGAAUUCCGAGUUCCUUUGAACGCGGCAUUAUACUAAUCUGAGUGUGUCACACAAUUAUAGUCGUUAUGGCAGCCCAUGCUAGUGAGCUUGAAAUUGCUAAGAAAAAUUUAACAGAAGCAAUUGGUGAUAAUGUCAAACAUUACUGGGCGAACUUGAAGCUGUGGUUCAAACAGAAGAUAAGCAAGGAAGAGUUUGACAUCGAGGCUCGUCGCCUUUUGGCACAAGACAACGUUCAUGUCCACAAUGACUUUCUCCUGGCCAUUCUCACUCGCUGUCAGAUCAUCAUCUCCACACCAGAGGGUGCUGGAUCUUUGCAAUGGGCAGGUGGCUCAGCCUCCAAGCCUGGCAAGCCCGCCAAAGGAAAGAAGAAGUUCUCCUCCAGACAGAAAUUUGAUCAUCGUUUCCAGCCCCAGAACCCUCUGAGUGCGGCCCAGCCCUUUAGCCCACGGGAGGCUGGGGGUGAGGAGGACGAACUGAAACUUAGUGCCCAUACCUUGCUGCUGCCCACCCGUGGCCAGCUAGAGGCCCGCAUGAUGGUCACCGCCUUCGAGCUGGGCCUAGACAACGUCAUGGAGGACGCUGUCAGCACCAUGAUCCACGCUGUGGAGAACCACCUGAAGGAUGUGCUGACUGCCGUGGUGUCCAGGAGGAAGGCCUACCGGCUGCGUGACGGACACUUCCCCUACGCCUUCGGCAGUCAUGUCACCCCACAGCCCUACUUGAAGAACAGCCUGGCUGCCUACCAAAUCGUCACUGAAUGCCCACCUCCCAGUGCGUCUCUCCCUACGGGCCCACCCCCUCAGGUGUCACCAGACAAUACUGAGCAGCAGGCUGCUCUCCUGUUGGCCUGUUCUGGUGACAGUCUCCCUGCGCCCCUCCCUCCUAUCAGCAUGUUUGAUCUCUUGGAAGCGUUACAGGUCCACCGGGGUGUGAUGCCCUCUCACACCAUGUAUGCCCUUAACAUGGAGCGUAUCCUGUCCCGACUGUGGCACCCAAGUCACGAGGAGCUGGAGCAGGACCAUGUGCACCGCCAACGCCACGCAGGGAAGGACGGCCUGCUUGUCAGCUGAGACACACAGACGGUCAGGUGGACACGCAGACAGGUCGUGAUUGGGUAGGGCAGAGACAAAUGGAGAGAUGAACACAGUGUUGAAGCACCUAUGUGAGCUCUAUACCCUGCCUUGAAGCGGAGCAAGAGGAUGAUCUCUAAGACUGGAUUAACACUCCACUAGGGAGUGCAACCAAUUCACCACGCAACACAACUUUACACUAGUGUCAAUAACGUUUUAGAACGCUUGGUGGAGUGUUGUGGUAUGGUCACAGACAUGGCUUGUUAAGGCACUAACAUGUCUACACACAUGCACACACAGCUAUAUCUCUCCCAUAACCUCUGACUGUUUUUUUUUAAAUGCACUGUUAACAAGUUUGGGUGCAUUUCUGACCUUCGGGUGAGUUUAUUUUGUUAGAUAAUUUGUCAGUGUUACUUUUGUAUUUCCCACACCUCUGUGAACAAAUUUUGUGGCCCCUUUUAUUUUGAUAUUGACAUGCUCUUGCAGAAUUUUGCCUGAACUACACUUGGGUCCUUGUUUACUGUAUUUUGUCACAGCGAUGCAUGCAUCACAGUAUGUAUGCAAAUGUGUAUAAAUUGUUUUGUAUUUUUUUUCACCAAUUGUUUUUAAUAUCAGUCAAAAAUGGCAAAAUGAAAUAAAAAAUAUAUUACA